AUGUCGUCGUCAAUCUACCACUAUGAUCCCACCCUAGCCGGGGCAAUUAUCGCGCUGAUCUUCUACGGGGCGAGUACUGGAUUCCAUAUCUUCCAGCUCUGGAAGUUCAAGUGCUAUUUCUUCACCACCUUUAUCAUUGGGGCAAUCAUGAUGACAGUGGGUUACCUCUUCCGCGCCGCAUCGUCUCAGAACCAAACCUCCCUGGGCCUCUAUAUUGGCCAGAGCAUCUGCCUCCUCCUUCCACCCUCCCUCUACGCCGCUACAAUCUAUAUGGUUUACGGUCGAAUAGUCAUUUACGCUCAAUCCCCAGAGCUGUCCAUAAUUGCCCCUGGUAAAGUGACCAAGAUAUUCGUCCUCGGUGACGUCUUCGCGUUCUUCCUCCAGGCCAGCGGUGGCGGCAUGAUGGCUAUGGAAUCAAUGGCAAAAAUGGGGCAAAACAUAGCCAUUGUUGGUCUCUUCAUCCAGCUCAUAUUUUUCGGCUUCUUCUUUGCGAUCUCGGUUGUGUUUCGUCGACGAGUCGAAACGACCAAGCGCGUCAAAAUCGUGCACUUGCCGUAUGGUGCUCUUCUAUACGUGCUUUUUCUAGUCUCUGCGCUCAUCAUUAUUCGCUGCCUGUACCGUAUCGUUGAGUUUGUCCAAGGCAUUGAUGGGUAUUUAAUGAAGCAUGAGGCCUAUCUGUAUGUGUUUGACACGGUUCCGAUGUUUGUGGUCCAGGCGAUUUUUCAUCGCUUUCACCCAGCCAGUGUCCUUCCGCAAAAGGGAUCCUUUGCUGGCGUCCAGACGGAGUUGCGUUAA